UAACCGACGGUUAAAGUUAGCAGGGUGGCCAACAGACAUUCAUAUUCUCUCGUAACCUCUUAUAUAUUGUCAAUUUUACGGAGCUUUGUCUAUCUGAAAUUUCAUCAGUGAGUGAGAAUACAAAAUGAAUGAUAUUAUAAAUUACAUAUUUUUUGACGAAUUUGCUGGUUACAAUUUAGAAAAACGUCGAAGACCACGUAAAAUCAAACCACGUAUAAAUUAUUUAGAAUUGUUUGACGAUGUAGAUUUCAGGUCAAGGUUUAGAAUAUCAAAAAAUCAUUUUAUGAUAUUAUUUGAAAAAAUAGAAGAUGAAAUACGACCAAAAACUGAUUGUAAUGAUGCUAUUCCACCUAUUACACAAUUGUUAGUUGCAUUACGAUUCUAUGCAACAGGAUCCUUUUUGCAAACUAUUGGAGAUUUCUGUGGAAUUAGUAUAUCAAGUGCUCAGAGAAUUGUUCACCGUAUAUCCAAUGCUAUUGCUGCAUUAAGAAAUGAGUUUAUAAAACUUCCAAUAUUACCUGAAGAAAUUCGUCGAAAUGAGAAGGAAUUUUACCAAACUGCCAAAUUUAUUCGUAUUAUUGGCUGUAUGGAUAUAAAGAUUUUAUAA